AUGAAGUAUAUUUUUUUAUUUGUAAAUCCAACUUCUGGUGGAAAUAAAGCAUCUAUAUUUACUGAAUUUGGUGUAAAUGAGAUAAUAUUUCAUAAGCCUCAUAAAUGCCACUUUUUCAUUUACAACAUUUUGGAAGGUGAAAAAGGAAAAAAGACAGGAUUUAUAAAUUUGAGAUCAAUAACAAAUAAUCUCAGGAAAACUGAAAGCAAAGCUAUUUCUAGUUUAUCUAAAUCUAAAAGUUUUACUGAUAAAAAUAAUUUAUCAUUAGAAAAUAAAGAUAGCUCAUUAAAAAGUAAAGUCUCAUCAAAAGUAAGAAGCCCAAAAAAUGUUCAUAUAGACAAUGAUAAAAAAAUUAAUUUGGAUAAACAAAGCGAACAUAAAGAUGAAAAAAAUAAAGAAUUGGUAAAUGAUACUAAAAGGAAUGAAUUAAAAUGCGAAAGUAAAAAUAGUAGAAAAGAAAGUGAAUUGAUAACAAAAAGGUCUAAUGAAAACAAAGACAUACUUGUAUAUGUUUUAGUAGCUGGAGGAGAUGGAACAUUAAAUUGGGUAUUAAAAGAAUCAGAAAAUUAUAACAUUGAUAAUAAUAAAUUUGCUAUUGGUGUUAUUCCAUUUGGUACUGGAAAUGAUUUUGCAAGAGCUUUUGGAUGGAAAAAAAUUGAUGGAAUUUUUAGUCAUUCUUUUUUAUUUAAUAUAUUACAAAAAAUUGUUGAUCAAACCUUUAAAUCAAAAAUAGAAAAACAUGAUUACUGGAAUAUAGAAGUUGUUUUAAAAGAUGAUGGAUAUUUUAAUAAAAUUAAUUCGAAAACUAAAAAGAAAGAAACAUUAAAAGAAAAUAAUGAAAAUAUAAAAAAACUAAAACUUUGUAUGAGUAAUUAUUUUAGUAUUGGUAUUGAUUCAAGAAUAGGUAGAGGGUUUGAAAGGCAUAGAAAAAAAAAUGCAUUAUGUAAUAAAGUUGUAUAUGCUGUUGAAGGUUUUAAAAAAAUUUCUUUUAAAAAAAAUAUUCCAGUUAAUUUAAUUAUAGAUAAAAUGGUUACGGGUGAGAAUCAUGAUGAUGUUAUUUUUACUACUAAUGGUGGUGAUUCGUAUCCUUUAUUAAAAAAAGCAAUGAGCAUCAUAUGCAUUAAUAUUCCAUCAUUUUCUUCAGGUAAUGAUAUAUGGAAUUAUACUCAUAAAAUAGGUUUAAAUUUGCCAAAAAAUUUAACGAGUAACGAAAAAAAUGUAUAUGAAGGAUUAAAAAAAUCACAGCAAGAAGUUGGUGAUGGUAUUUUAGAAUUUGUUAUAUAUCAGUCAGGUAUUGAUUUAGGUUUAGAAUUUACUCUAAAGGGAAGAGCUUAUAGAGUACAUCAAGGCAUAGGUCCAUGGAAAAUUUUUUUUAAAGAACAAAAAUAUAAUGUUUAUUUUCAAGUAGACGGAGAAUAUUAUCUUAUGUCAUUACCGAAUUUUAUAUCUAUAUAUCACUAUAAAAAAAUAAAUGUACUCAAAAAUAUUUUAUAA